UUCGUUUUCAUAUAAAGAGAUCUUUCGUAUGACCAAAGAGCCAUUUUCAACUUUUAAAGGGUAACCAAAUCGAUAAAAACUAGGGUUUCCAAGAUCCUGAUGAAGAAGAGACAGAUGGUCCUAAAGCAAAGAUCAAGAAACUCCAACACGUCGUCGUCUUGGACUACUACUUCUUCAUCGGCGAUCAGUAACGUCCGUUACGUGGAGUGUCAGAAAAAUCACGCUGCUAACAUCGGAGGUUACGCCGUCGAUGGUUGCCGUGAGUUUAUGGCCGCCGGCGAUGAAGGAAGUGUCGAUGCUUUGAGAUGCGCGGCUUGUGGUUGUCACCGGAAUUUUCACCGGAAGGAAGUCGAUACGGAGGUUGUUUGUGAGUACUCUCCUCCUAACGCUUGAUUUUUCGAGGAUUUAGCCUUUUUCUCUGUGAUUUGGAUUUUAUCGAUUAAUUUUCAAGAUGAAUUUAUCAGAGGAUAUAUUUGUAUAUAAUUAUUGAUGUGUAUAUCAACAGCUCACAUACUGCCGACCUAUAUGUAUUUUUAAAAUGGCUUUGUUGCUUUGACAUCUUGUAUAGUUCUGUACUUCUGUUUGUGAUGUAAACAAUAGUAUGUUUGAUAGGUUUAGCUUUGUGGAUCUUAAUGAGUGCCAUAUAAAUGAGUGCCAUGUUCAACAAGUGACAUUAUAGGA